GCAGGCACAACCAAUUCCAUCCUUGCCCUCCAUCUGGGCUACACUGACCAGGUAUCCCAGCACUAAGGGACAAAGAUCGAAAUUCAGAACUGGGAGUGAUUUCGAUCCACUUUGCUUCCAUUAAUAGCCAUGAAUUCUUCACUAAUGACUCGAGGAGCAAGUGAUGUUCUGGAGGAGCUCCAGCUGCUCACAGCUCAGAACCUGGAGAGGCUGGAGGUGAAUAAAUACUAUGAGGUGAUUAGGGAGCUGGGAAAAGGCACCUAUGGCAAGGUUGACCUGGUUAUCCAUAAGGUCAGAGGUACCAAAAUGGCCUUGAAGUUCCUGAGGAAGAAGACCACCAAACUAAAGAGCUUCCUCAGAGAGUACAGCAUCUCCCUCUAUCUGUCAGCUUCACCUUUCAUCAUUGACAUGUUUGGGAUAGCCUUUGAAACUGAUGAAUAUUAUGUGUUUGCCCAGGAAUAUGCGACAGCAGGGGACCUGUUUGAUAUCAUUCCUCCCCAGGUUGGCCUUCCUGAACAGAUUGCCAAGCGCUGUGUGCACCAAGUUGCCUUAGCUCUAGACUAUCUUCACAGCAGGAAGCUGGUACACCGUGACAUCAAACCAGAGAACAUCCUCAUCUUUGACAAGGAGUGCCGCAAAGUUAAACUGUCUGAUUUUGGGAUGACUCGUCGGGCUGGCACUCCUGUCAAACGGGUGAGUGGUACCAUCCCUUAUACCGCCCCAGAGCUCUGCGAUGCCUCCAAACAUGAGGGCUUCUCAGUGGAUUACAGCAUUGAUGUCUGGGCUUUUGGAGUGCUACUCUUCUGCAUGCUCACAGGAAAUUUCCCCUGGGAGAAAGCCCUACUGUCAGACUCUUUCUAUGAUGAGUUUGUAAGAUGGCAGAAGCGCAGAGGUACCAGCGUGCCAUCUCAAUGGAGGCGGUUCACCGACGAUGCUCUCCGCAUGUUCCGGAAACUUCUGCCCGUUGAACCAGAGAGGAGGUGCUCCGUCAAGGAGAUCUUCAGAUACCUGAGUUAUCGGUGGAUGCUGGACACAGAUUGUAAUAACAGCAUUGCUGAUGUGAGCUCUUCCUCUGAAGAAGAUCUGGUGGCCAGGAUGAAGCAACAGAGCUUGUCCCCUGUCUGCAAUGUUGCCAAGAGCGCAAUUUCUGUGGAAACACCAUCCUCGCGCUUCUCCUCCAUGACAACAUCUAGCUCCCUCUCAUCUAACAACAGCUAUGAGAGAACAACAAGGGAGAGCAGCAAUACCAGAAUUCUGGUUGCCACACCCAUUGAAAUCUGUGUCUAGAUUAUACUGCGCAGUGUCCAAGUUGCAGGUGGCUUU